CCUACACUUACCAACAUUCGAAAUUCAUACUCUGAACCUACCCCAUCGAGGUCAUUUAGUUACCUGUCAAAAGGACUUCGCCGAACGCGAUUGCCCAGCUGCUUAACGUCUAUAGAUCAUCCCUUCCCCUGCGUCACUAGUUAAGUAGUUAGACUAAAAAAAUAAGAAACGCGGCGAGCAAGGUGCAGUGCGACAGCUCUCGACAAGACGACUUUGUGUCGUGUUGAGGGAACAGAGCGCAAGCAGCGACAGCUUGCGAUUUCACGCAAGGAGGCAUUACCUGCGGCUCGUAACCCCCGACGACGUCAUCAGCGAAACACCUGGCUGACGGCAUUAGCAGCUCAGCUGGGUUGCGGACAUGGACGACGGCACAUUCAUAGACGAGCAAGGAAAUCGACGUCUACGUGACACGGAGUUCAUCUUACCGGUGGUGGUUGGUACCUGCGCGUGGUGGUUAGGCAAGAAGGCUGGCGAUGUGACGCACCGGUGGACUGUGUACCUGCGGGGUGCCAACAACCAGGACAUCAGCCACCUGGUGCACAAGGUGACGUUCGAGCUGCACCACACCUUCCCCAACCCGCACCGAGUGGUCCUGCAGCCGCCGUACGAGGUGACGGAGCAGGGCUGGGGCGAGUUCGACAUCAACAUCACGUUGAGUUUCUCUCCCGACAGUCGCGAGAAGGACGUGUCCAUCCUGCACCGACUGAAGCUGUACGAGGAUGAGAACACGCCCAACACCACCAAGAAGCCCGUCAUGAGCGAGAUCUACGAGGAGCUGGUGUUCAGCGAGCCCGUGGAGGCCUUCUACCGCCGCAUCGCAGCCACGCCGCCGCGGCCGGCCCCGCCGCUGAGCUGCCAGCCGUACACCUCGCAGCACGAGGAGCGCGCGGAGGCGGAGAAGCUCAAGGAGUGCCGCGCGCGGGUGGCGGCCAUGGUGGCGGAGGUGCGGAAGGACUUUGAGGGCGCGCGGUAGGGGGGCGGUUGCGGUUGAUGUUGUGUGGGGGGCCAAAUUGAGGUGAAUGAGAGGGGAGGUAGGCGUGUUGGUUGGGAUGUGGUGUACGGUGGGUCGCUGCAUGAGGUGAUACGACACGGUACUUGUAGGGUGGGGACGGUACGGUGGAGGUGUACGGCGGCGGCUUGAGGUGUCAGCGGGUGGAAUGGGUGGAGCCUGCUGCGGCGCAGUGACCAAGGUCAGGCCAAUGGUCAUGGUCGCAAUGUGCGCAUGGAAGUACGGAGUAGUAUGCACGGGGAGACGUGGAACAUUGAGAUGUGGGAUCCAACACAGAUGUGCUCGACUGAAUGCGCAAGCUGACGAGCUGUCCCAUGGGUCGCCAAAGGCAAUCCAUGUGUAAUGGAACGUUAUG